GUAUACUAUCGGCAAACGUGGCUUUGACAGCGGCAGUUUUAAUCGUAAAUACCUGGGACUCGGGCAGCUGUGGCUGGUGGCAGACUUGACAGACGGAAGACAAACAAGUGUGUUUUGUGUGGGUUUAGUUGUGGAAGCGGAGGUAGAGGAGACACAGAGCAUACUGGGGACUGAUCCAUAGCUUUUCAGCAGGUACCCUCACACCACCCAGGCGGCUUCCGGUCGCUCCCUCCGCACCUUACAUAACUUCAUCCAGGACAUCCUCCCAGCCAGACCUCUUAUCACCAUGGACAUUAGCAGUCUCAAAUCACAGCUCAGUGAGCAUGGCCAAGAACAUGUACUGAAGUUCUGGGACUCGCUCACUGAAGCACAGAAGCAGACUCUCUACAAAGAACUUUCUAGCAUCAACGUGGCACAGGUGGGCGAAUACUUCAAAAAUGCCCAGGCUACUUUGCAAGCUGCUUCAGAAAAGAUUGACGACCUCUUAGAACCUGUCCCUAAAGAGUUGUGUGGAAGUGUGACGCGAACAAGCGUUGAUACGCUGCAGAAGUAUGAGACUGAAGGGUUGAAGCAGAUCAGCAAUGGGAAGGUGGCCAUGUUGUUACUGGCAGGGGGUCAGGGAACCAGACUGGGUGUGUCUUACCCCAAGGGCAUGUAUAAUGUUGGGCUACCCUCAGGGAAAACCCUGUACCAACUGCAGGCAGAGAGAAUCCUGGCUGUGGAGAAGCUGGCAGAGAAAGCCACUGGCUCUAAAGGAGUUAUACCCUGGUAUAUCAUGACCAGUGAACACACCAAGGAACCCACAGAGGACUUUUUCUCCAAACACAACCAUUUUGGGUUGAAACCGGAAAAUGUGAUGUUAUUUGAACAGAAUCAGUUACCGGCUUUAACGCUGGAAGGGAAGCUGAUAUUGACAAAUAAAGCAAAGGUUGCAUUGUCCCCAGAUGGAAACGGUGGCUUAUACAAGGCUCUGAAGAGCAGCAAUGUACUAAAGGAUCUAGAGCAUCGAGGAAUAGAAUUCAUUCAUGUCUACUGUGUAGACAACAUUCUGGUCAAAAUGGCCGACCCAGUAUUCAUUGGCUUCUGUAUCCAGAAAGGAGCUAAUUGUGGAGCAAAGGUUGUGGAGAAGAGCUUCCCAACGGAGGCAGUGGGUGUGGUAUGCAAGGUGGAUGGUCAGUACCAAGUCGUGGAGUACAGCGAGAUCACGCAGAAAACAGCAGAGAAAAGAAACCCUGAUGGCAGACUCACCUUCAAUGCUGGCAAUAUUUGCAACCAUUUCUUCACGCUCGACUUCUUAAGAGAUGUCUCUUUGAACCAUGAACAUGAGCUCAAACAUCAUGUUGCCAAAAAGAAGAUCCCGUAUGUGGAUGAUGACGGGACAGAACACAAGCCUAGCAAACCUAAUGGAAUUAAGAUGGAAAAAUUUGUGUUUGAUGUUUUUCAGUUUGCCACUGACAGCAACUUUGCCGUUUGGGAAGUUAUAAGAGAAGAUGAGUUCUCUCCUCUGAAGAAUGCAGAUGAGGCAGGCAAGGACACACCGACCACUUGCCGUACAGCUCUGUGUAGCUUGCACAGCCGUUACUUGUCAGCAGCAGGGGCAAAGCUGCUGAGAGCUGAUGGAUCUCCUUACCCUGACAGCCUAUCCCAGCCUAAUGGCACUGAUGGCACAGGAGACGGUAAUUCCCCCAAUGACAUCCCUAUUUGUGAGAUCUCACCAUUAGUGUCCUAUGCAGGGGAGGGUUUGGAAAGUGUCGCUAAAGACCAGACCUUCACCACCCCAGUAAUGCUGGAGCUCAGUUCAGAUGGAUCAGUAAAUACAUCUCAGCCUAAAUCCACAUAAACAAGACACCAAAUCCUUGCCCUUUUUAAAUCACAGGCUUUAAAACCUAACAACCUUAAAAUUACACACAAGUAAAUAAUACCCUUUUUCAAACACCAACAUUUUGACGCUGUGAAGUUUCAAUCGUUUUUGCUGAUCAACUAACCUUGUGAUGUGGCUUGUCUGCCAGUUAUCAUUUUUGGUACAGUAUUUUGACAUUGUCAUAUCACAUGUUGUUUUAUGUUACAUAGCAUCAAUGGGAUCUAUGCAAAUCAUUCUAUGUGUUGGAUCAUCUGUAUAUUCUAAAUAGAAGUCAAUACCAAAGUAUGCAAGUGCUUGUGUAGUUUCUUUUGAAAAGAUUAUAUUUAUAGUGAACAGUUCCUGUGAUGUUUAUUACUUGCCUAAUUACUUCUUUAAGUUUUGAUAUUUUAUUCUGCUCGUUACUGUUGCUGAUGAAAACUGAAUUAUUUUUACUGUGUUUUUUUAUUGAAUGUCUCCACUGACUCAUGAUGGCUUGCUUUUCUGGAAAUGUGCUUAUACAUUUUUUGGACACAAAUAGAUUAUGAAUUUUGUAAAAUUGUAACCUGCAUUCUAACCAUGGCAUUGGCAAUAUGUUAGAUCUAUGAAUUCUCUGUAGGUCUUCAUAAAUACAACAAUUACCUUCAAAGACCAUUGUAAUGAGAUAAAACUCCCUUGUGCACAUCUUCUCCAUGUGUAGGUCCACAAAACUUCGCAAAGUUGAAUUUGUAGUUUUAUGUUAAUAGCAGGAAUAUAACAUAUAUUAUUAUAAUACACUCCUGUGUGCUGUGGCAUAGUUAUACAUCAUAUUAGAGUUUCUGUUGAGUCAGGGUUACAGGUAUGUACCUGUGGACAUGUAAAUGGUUUACUGUUCUGGCAUAUUAUUGCAUAUAUGCAGUUGUUUUCACGAUGAGAAUUCUCAUUAUGAGCAUGUUAUGGUUAAUAACUUAUAUAAUUCUAUAAAAUUGGAUGAAGGUCAUUGCAAUGAGUUUGUAUAUUAUAUUUUUGUAGUGUUUUCUUUUUUCAGUUUUGAUAGGGGUAGUGGAAGAUAACAGUGGCAUUAAGAAUGUGUUCUGUUGAACAGGGCUUUGAAAAUGGAGACAAAAUUAUGAAUCAUAUUAUGUGAUUCAGUUUUCUAAGUUUCAGAUUAUACAAACAAAUUUCUGCGUGUUUCAUCUUGCUAAAUAAGUGUGAUACAUGAAAGGUAGAGUAUCAUUAUUCUUGCAAUGUGAAUAUUGGACACUGAACCACAAACCAGAAUAUAAUCCAGAAAACUAAUUUGAUUAAUCCUGUUAAAGUAGUUUCCUAUAUUCUGUAUACCAUCCAAAUAUUAAAGUUGGCAUAUUGAGUCCACUGUGCUUUAAAUUAAAGCAAUGUCAUUUCCCCAAAACCUUUCACAAAAUGUCACUCUGUUGCCAUGUAUAUUGUUGCAAAACUCACCCUAAUGAUACCCUAACUCUGCAACCUUUUCUCAUAUGAACGAGCAACUUUCAAUGUAAUUUAUGCACAUUUUAAAAUUUAUUUCGGAGACAAAACUACAUUCAUUGGAUUGACCAAUUUCAGGACAUCACAAAUAGUAUAAUAUUAUCAGUCUACACAGAAGAAUGCCUUCAGAAUAAACACCUUGCAAACAUGGAAAAAGGUUGAAGAAUUACAGUAGUUGUUACUAUACAGUUCCAUUAGUGGUAAAUUUAAACCUGUGAAUUGAUCAUUUUCUUGCUUUCUUUCAUGUAGACCUCGUAAUAUUUCACUUCAUGUCAUGUUAUUCCAGCAUUCAAGCCCACACAGAAUAUCAAACUUUUGCUCCAAGGUCUCAUUGCUUACUUCAUUUAAUCAGCAUGUAACAUUUAAGUAUCUGGGGUAUGGGUUCCAUUAUCAAUCUCCUGUAUUUUAAGAAAAUAAAGUAUUUGUUUCUUUACGGGUGUUUGUUACCAUGAUUCAUACUUU